GGACCAGACAGACCCCCCCCCCCCCCGGACACUGGACCUAGAGACAUGAGCUAAUUCUACCAGGUGGUGGCACUAGAGACCUGCAACACGUAAGACCAUGUUAACCAGUCCUUUUCACGUAGGAUAAGAGCUGUAUAAAUGCAAAUCAUGUUCAAUUAAGCAGGACCUUAACUACUUUACAUCAGAUUUAAAGUAGAUUCAAAUGUGAGUGGUUCAAUGUGGUUAAUUUACGUCUUUCUCUCAGAUACUCGUCUCCAAAACGACUCUUGUUCCUUUACUAACUGAUCAUCUGUUAAUUCGUUUGCAUGUCGCCAACGAUCUGGUUUGAGGAAAAAUCCAAAAAUAACAACAAAAAACAAACUAUUUUUAGGCUAAAAUAGACGUAUGCAACAGAUUGUUUUAUUUUAUUCAGUUCAAGUUGAUGCAUAUAGCACAUUUAAACCAAAAAAUACCCCAUAAAAGUAAAAAAACAGAUAUACAGAUCACAUGAUACACAGGAAAAGUGCAAUAAAACACCAAGAUAUCCUGUGUAGCUAAUGUUAAAUGUUCUUGUUUUUGUUUUAUUUAAUAUUUCCAACACCUGUAUUCAGUCCUAACAAGUAUCAUUCUGAAUUCUUUACAAAUUAACAUGUGUGUCUCAGUAUUUGUUGUGACCUCUGACCACUAUAUUAUUGACCUAUUGAUUUGUUUUCACGCAGCUCGAGAUUUUAAUCGAAGAGGCCUUCCUUCCUGUCGUUAGUAAGAAAUCGUUUUGCCUUAUCGUGACCUGUGCGACCUUUAUGUAGUUGCACCUGAAGAAAGAUUGUGUUUAUUUUACGACGACUCCACCUGCGCUGCAUCUCUCAUGGGACUGUUGUUGGUGACGCUCCUCAUUCUGUCCAGAUUGGUUCUCACAGCCAUUUUAGAUUUGAAUCAAGGCACUAAAAUCCAGUCUAAUCCAGAAAAGAACAGUAUUAAUAAUGUGGGAAUAUUGUAAUUGUGCAGGACUCAAAUACAAACGCUCCUCAAAUGGAAACCCCUGUAUUUUCUGUAGUGUAGCUCCUAAAAACAUGACGCCUGUGAGGCAGCUGAGGAUGGGGGAGGGGUGGAGAGGACAGGGAAGGAGAGGCUCUGGAGCAAAGAGAAGGGGGGAGAGAGAGGGGAUUGGCUGAGGGGGGCUGCAGCGUCACCGCUCGUGAGUGGGAGCUCUGAGGAUGCUCCACUGAAUCCAUUCGCUGGGAGUUUGCCUUCAGAGCUCAGCCAUUAUCUGCCACUCCGCACACGAGGCAGCGUAGGGACUCCUCCUCACCUUUUUUCUGGCUAAUUCGCUCUGCUCUUCCACUCCGCAGGCAUGAAUUACUUGCGUCGGCGCCUCUCGGACAGCACUUUCAUUUCCAAUCUUCCCAACGGCUACAUCUCGGACCUCCAGAGGCCUGACCCGGCGCAGCCACCUCCUCCUCAGGCUCCGUCCGCCAAGUCUCCCACCACAACCGGGCCCACACCUCCGGCCACGUCCCCCGGCACGGAGAGGCGAGCCCAGCCGGCGCAGUCCACGGGAACCAGCUUCUUCAGCUCCAUCACCAACGUUGUGAAGCAGACGGCGGCUUCGGCUGGUUUAGUGGAGCAAACCCAAGUCACGACACCCAAGAAGUUCAAGAUACUCCUGGUCAUAGAUGAGGCGUCACAGGAGUGGGCCAAGUUACUCCGUGGAAAGAAGGUGUACGGUGAUUAUGACCUCAAAGUAGAGCAGGCUGAAUUUAAGGAGAUCAACGUCGUGGCGAACGCGAACGGGACGUGCACCGUGAACAUGCAAGUGCUGAGGAACGGCACUAAAGUUAUCAGGUCCUUUAAGCCUGACUUUGUCCUGAUACGCCAGCACGCCUUCAGCAUGACCCACAACGAGGACUUCCGAAACCUGAUUAUCGGCCUGCAGUACGGAGGAGUCCCCAGCGUCAACUCUCUGGAGUCCAUCUAUAAUCUUUGUGACAAGCCAUGGGCGUUCGCUCAACUAAUUAACACUCACAGGAAGCUGGGGGCCGAGAAGUUCCCUUUGAUCGAGCAGACGUUUUAUCCAAACUAUAAAGAAAUGGUCAGCAUGCCGACGUUCCCCGUAGUCGUGAAGAUUGGACACGCUCACUCCGGCAUGGGAAAGGUUAAAGCCGACAAUCACACAAAGUUCCAGGAUAUUGCGAGUGUCGUGGCUUUAACCCAAACGUACACGACCACAGAGCCGCUCAUCGACUCCAAGUACGACAUCAGAAUCCAGAAGAUCGGCGGUGACUACAAAGCCUACAUGAGGACUUCUAUAUCUGGAAACUGGAAGACCAACACGGGGUCUGCGAUGCUUGAACGAGUGGCUAUGACAGACAGGUACAAGCUCUGGGUCGACACCUGCUCGGAGAUUUUCGGGGGGCUGGACAUCUGCGCUGUCAAAGCCAUACACGGAAAAGACGGCAAAGAUUACAUCACAGAGUUCGUCGGCUCGUCCAUGCCUCUGGUGGGAGAACAUCAGGCCGAGGACAGGAAGCUCAUCGCAGACAUGGUGCUCGACAAAAUGAACUCAUUAGCAGAAAAACAAGCGAACGCACCACCGAGACCCACCACCAUCCAACCCUCACAGGGCACCGGUUUGAAAGGAGAAACCGCCGGCGAGCCUCUCAAAGAUGGCCGCCCUCCUAACAGCUGCCUGCAGUAUAUUCUCGAUUGUAACGGCGUCGCAGUGGGACCCAAACCAGUCCAGGCCAACUGAGCUGCCAACGGGAACGGAACAGAGGUUAUAUAUAAUUCUAGAGGUACGCUAGCCACUAUGUACAGACGGAGGUGCGGCGCGAGCGUUGGGUCGGGCGACUGCGGCGUGGUACAGCCAACUGCCGGAUUGUGUUUUGAACUCUAUGCAGUGAGAAAACGUACUGUCUACCUGUGGGUUUGUGUGCUCGUAGCGGUUCCCUUUGGUUAAAUAGCUGUGGUUUUUUGUUCAGGUUUGUCGAUAAUGUAAAAAGCGAAGCGAGAUCGUGCCUACACUAAGUUCAGUGCUGCUGUGUGCUACAAAAAAAACAAAAAAAAAAACCCCAGCUAUUCCACGUUUUAUUUGCCCUUUGACCCCCUUUACUUGAGUUCGAUAUCGUUAAAUCUGUGGGAAAUGGUGCACUUUGAAGUAUCCCGUGUACAGUAUGUAAGUGUGUAUGGAUUUCUAAUGGUUACUUUGACAUCGUAGUGGUGGUUUAUUUCCGUUUUGCAUGAUUGGCGGUGGAUGGGUAAAUGUUACGUGUCCAGGUCGAGGGGGAAAGUCGUCGUUGUCGUUGUUGUUUUUUAUCUGUGCUCCUCGUGGUUCAAGCCUCGUGAAUGUGUUGUUGCUAAAAACGCUACCCAUUAACAAAAGAAAUACAGUACUUAACAUACAUAUUUCUAUCUAGACUAACAGAAACUUAUAGAGAUUACGAAUAUAUACUCCUACAGUAAAGGCUAUAUUUAAAACUAUGGAAGAUUUAUUAUAUAUGAAGCUAUGUCUGCAGUGUAUAACUUUAAUGUAUUUAUAUCAUUUUGAACCAAAGAUUUCGUUUUUACAUUACGAUCUCUGCACUUGUAAUGUACAGCGUAUAAAUAUAAAUAUACAUACGACCGAGUUUAACGUAGAUAGAUAGGUUUAAAAAUAUAGUUAUAGUUUUAAUCGACUGCCGUAUUUAAGUUAUAAACAGGUUCAGCAGGUUGGACUUUGCUUCUCAAGUUAAAAUACUGCCGGAUUUAUCGAGGACGCAUCGAAUUAAAACGUGUAUUUUUCCGUUAACGCAAAUUAUCGGAAAAUUUAAAAGCCGUUUUGUCAAUCGGGGCUUCAAGAUUUGAGGUUUAAUUAUGAGUUUAAGCGUUAAAAAUCAGGUCCGACUCUUGCGAAUUUCGUGUCGAGCUAUCGGUAUUUUUCCUUCUCGAGUCAAGAUCCUGCAGGAUAAAAACGUGCCCGGCGAAAUGUGAACGUAAUGAGUUGGCGCCGGUUGAUUCCCGGGGUCGGAUUGAUCGUGUGGGAGGGCGCGGCGGCCGGGAGGGAAGGGGUCGAGGUUGCGUUUUAAUUGGCGAGGGGGAAAAAAAACAAAACACACACACAAAACACAACACAAUGUAGAAGAAGUCGUCUCCUCGCUCGCCCCUUCGAAUCAGCAGAAGCAGCAGCUCUCGGCCGUGAUGGUGGUGUUGCCAUGACAGCAGGUGUUCAGAGCGUCUCCGCGCGGACCCGAGCUUAAAUCCCGCGCUGCUCUUGUCACUGCCGUGCAAAUAUUUGAAUCAUUUUUGCUUCCUCUGCGUCCGUGAGCUGAUGAAAAGUGCAAUAUCGUACGUGUUUUAUUUUAUUUUUUAACAAAUCAGAUCUUCCACUUUGUCACAUCAAAACGAACGCGCUUGCAUCGAAGUAUAGACGCACUGUGUAACUUUUCUGCCCGUAUCCAUGGAGAUGUUACUUCUUUGCCUCGAAUAUUUCACAGUAAGGCAUUAAAAUGACCAUACAACCUUCAGUUAUUGGUAUUUUAUUGAUAAAAAAACAACAAAAUACCAUGGGAAAAAAUGGGUUGUGACAGAUUUGACUUGUAACUUGGCGACUGAGACGUUUAAUGCCGUACUUUGGAGCAUUACAAAGACGUUAUUUCUCCAGGUAAAGUCUGUGGAGAGGCGAUCUCAGCGUGGACCAGAGCUUUUAAACAUCUCCAUGGACAGAAACGAUACGUAGAGCACUUUUGAUAUAAUUUAAACUACCAAAUUUGCUGUGUAAGAAAAAAAAGGCGUGCCGUUCUCUAACAAACACGAUCGUUUUAAGCCUGUGUGGUUUUUCUUUCAGCCGUGUUCAGUGCCAUUGUGUCUGUGGGCGUGUCUAUGUUUAAAGCACGACUGUAUCGUUCUGUUUGAAUAUCUGCCAUGACAUCGUUCAUGAAGGACUGUGCUGUGGCUCGUUCACAAAUAACUGCAUGAUUUGACCCGGAUUCGGUGCAAACCAUUUGUGGAUUUUAAAUAAAUAAAUAUUCAUGUUUGGCAAUUGUGUGAAAUCGUACGUGUCAAAUGGUUGUGUCUAAAAACAAGGGCCAAAAAAAAAAACGCUAAAUACAAUACAGCUGUUGGACUGUUCAUGAUCUGGAUACAAUAAAACGGAAAUAUUUUGUCUUUGGCAAUAAAGCUUACUUUGCAA